AUUUUGAUGGUGAUGAAAUGAAUAUGCAUUUUCCUCAGAAUGAAAUUGCUCGUGCUGAAGCUAUGAUCAUUGGUAAUACUAAUAAACAAUAUCUUGGACCUACUUCUGGUAAUCCUUUGAGAGGUUUGAUCCAAGAUCACGUGGUUACGGGUGUAUGGAUGACUUGCAAAGAUACGUUCUUCAUUAAAGGUGAUUAUCAACAGAUUGUGUUUGCGGCGCUGAGACCCGAUUACCUCGAUGGAAGAAAAGUUUUGACCGUUCCACCAGCUAUUCACAAACCGAAACCAUUAUGGACUGGCAAGCAAAUCAUAACAUCAGUAUUAAUAAACUUGACAAGAGGUCGUGCACCUCUAAAUUUGAAAUCAAAAAAUAAAAUUUCAGCUAAAUAUUGGGGAUGGAGUGCUUCUGAAGAAGAUACAGUUAUUUUCAUGGAUGGUGAACAUCUAACAGGCGUACUUGAUAAAUCACAAAUUGGUAAUACUUCUUUUGGGUUGGUUCAUUCCUGUUAUGAAUUAUAUUCUGCCGACAUUGCGGGGCAAUUUUUAAGUACUUUAGGAAGAUU